GCCUGGGCGCGAUUGCAGUUCCCGUGACUUGCUUGGUUAGAUCAAGGCGUUUCGGGUGUCGUCCCGUGAAAUUUGUGGGAGGAUUAGGGUUACCAAUUCGUCCCGUAGCGCGAUCAUCGGUUGAUCGUGUUGAUUAGCCUGGCUUGAUAGCUCCCGAAAUGGGUAGCGAUCAUUCCAAAACGGGAAACGAUAUGGGCCCGCGUCGUUGUAAUUUUUGUGCUGUAGUUAGAUCGAAACGAUAUGGAUAGCUCAUAGAUUUCUGAGGGGACCAGGGUUAUUAAUUCGGCUUCCUGCCCAAUUAAUUUUCUUGUGCGUUUGGAAUGUUGGCUACACAACAGAAUUUGUAGAUUGCCAUCGAAAAAGUUAAAGCAAGUCAGCUUCAGGGAGAGAAGCGAAACUCGACUAAAUCUUACUCUCUCCGUCCGGAAAUACUUGUCAUCAAAAUGGAUAAAAGGAGAUGUAUCUAGACGUAUUUUAGUUCUAGAUGCUUACCUUUUUAUCCAUUUUGAUGACAAGUAUUCUCGGACGGAGGGAGUACUAGUUAAACAAAGCAUUGCACCUAACCAUCAUGGUUAUUGAGCAAAACCAAAAGGUAAAUAACAGCCUUAGGCUCUUGAACUACAACUGCUUGUUCCAUCUCUUUGAGAUACUGAAGAAACUGCCAUUGCUUCAAUCUUCUGGCCAAACAUAUGGUUUGAGAUAUGUGUAGAUGAAACUUCAGCUUUGUACCAAACUGGUUCAUGCUGCAACUUGGUCUUCUUGCCAUUUUGAUGCACUAACUUCAGUUUAUUGUCUUGCUUAUCUUCUAAUUGAGUGGCAGUGUUCCUGCCUGGUUCCACAAAGAGAGAAGAAAACGUUGGAUUGAGAAGUCAUGGCUUUAGCUUUCAUGUGCAUUUUCAUGUUGUUUGUGAUCAUAUAUUAUCAUCAAAUGAUUUUUUUGGUCAUUUCUGUUGUCUACAGGACCGUAUCUUAUCAUACAUAGACAAUAGCAACAUUGGGGAUUCUGCAGCUACAAGGAACCGACUUGACAGGCUGAUGUUCAGAACAAAUGAGCGGCUUCCCGGUGCCGUACUGCAAGCUCAGGCACGUGUUCUGGAGAGACUGAGAGGCGUUUCUAUCGGAUCAUCUACCUCCAGGCCAUCCAUCACAUUGGAUGAAUUUUCAGCUACGGAUGUGUUUAGAAUCAUUGACUUCGGAAGCAGAGAAGCCCCAUACGAGGCUAAUUGGCCUGGCUCAUCAUCUGUCCAGCCAAGCAGCGGGUCGGAUGAAGAGAGCUUGGAGAACACAUCCAUCAGUUCAACUACUUCCAACAGGUCACCUGGACUGAGCAAGUCUGCCUUUCUUCGGCUACAGAUAGAGAUCUUUGAGGCUAAGAAAGAUGACAACAGGGAGGCAUCGCCGGAAUGCUCGAUUUGUCUCGAUGGUUUCUACGACAGAGACGAGCUGAUAAGGCUGCGCUGCGGACACAGGUUCCACUCGACUUGCUUGGAGCCAUGGGUGCGGAAAUGCGCAGAUUGCCCAUACUGUCGAACAAACAUAAGGUCCCGGCCCCGAUGACAGACCCUCGGUCCAGAACUGCAACAUUGAGUAGGGGGUAUGACCUUAUGACUUCAUAGUAAGAUGUGUUGUUGUAAUCCACUGUUUUGUGCAUAUCUGUUGCACCGGUCCUGCUACGGCAUCAUCUCUUAGAUUCAGUUUAUGUAUCUGAAUAUCUUUGUGUGGAUGAAGAGGCUGAUAGAAUAUACUGCAGCAAGCACUGUUUUAUGCA